AUGCGCGGUGAUGAAGCGGUUGGAUAUCGUGUGCAAAUUUAUUGGGAGGGUGAGAACGAAUGGUAUGAAGGUGUGGUUGAUAAAUACUCGGUGGAGAAAGGUUACUAUAUCAAAUAUGAUGAUGGUGAGGAGCAGUGGGAGUUUGACAAAGAAGAAUAUCCCAUAAGAUUUUUGAGCAAAGUUGAAAGUAAAGAAGUUGAAACAGAUCCAAUUGCUGAUAUGAUACAAGGAAAUAACUAUCACGCAAAUGUAACAACAAGGUCAAAUAGUGAGAGUGAAAUAAGCUACAGUGAUGACACAGAUAGUGAACAAGAAGAUUUACAAAUGGAACAAAGUGAUUCGAAAGCUUCAGAUGAUCUUGAAGAGGAAAGACAUAACCUAAAAGCAGCUAGUCGAACUUCUGGAAAAGAGAAUGCAAUGAAAAGUGAUUUUAUGGUCUCAACCAAUUUCAAAUCUGUGAAUCCUGCUCGAGCCUUCAUGCGUACUUCGACGAUUUUCUUCCGUGACGAGGAAUCUCUACGUGAAAUGCGCCAAAAGUUACGUCAAGAGAAGAAAUUGUUGACAAAUCAAAUACAUAUAUUGAAAUUGCAACUUACUGAAAAGGAACUAGUGGCUGCUUCACUUCAGACUGACCUAAGAAACUUACACACUAGUGCAGCAUUAGCAAACGUCAUGCAUGAAGUCCCAAAGUCUGCCAAUUUUAGUAGCAAAUGUGGGAACUCUUUCAAGCCAAGGACAGCGGUGGAGUGGAAUGAACGAAUAUUAGAUCAAAAACUCGAAAACAAGAGCACAUCAAACGAACUUGUUAUCUUGAAAACGGCAGUGCAAGACAAGCAGUUUGCGAUAAAGCGAAAGGAAAGGCAGCGAGAUGAACUGAGUGCAGAGCUGGCACGAGUACCUCGUCGAUACCUUUGCACUCUUGUGGAUUUGCAGAUUGAGAUUUCGCAAUUGCUUAAGGAAAAGCGCUUACUCGACUGUCACUCACAACCUUCAUUAGAGUCUGAUGAUAAAGGUACAACAACGACAGCUGCACUACAGAAUGAAUUAGCAGGUUUGGAAGUGACAACUGAGAGAUACAAAGACCAACUUCGGCAGUGGCAUUUUAAAAUGGAUUGCGAAAAGGCCCGUCUGGCACCAUUACAGGAGCGUUUGGUAAGCUUGCACCAGGAGCUAGAGUGUUAUAAAGACUCGCAGACAUUAUUGCGCAGCGCGUUUCUUCUUUUGGAACCAGAUUCAUGCGAUGAAUGCGUCUCGCUAGAUGGAUCGUUAACUGUGUUUCAAAUGCUUACUCCACCCGGUCGAGAUGCGCUUUCUGUUGAAGAAAUGGCAGCUCGACUGAAAGAGAGUGGUAUUGAGCAGCAACGUUUCUCGUUCACACAAUUUGUCGCCGCAUUUAAUUGCUUGUGCAAUUCGUGGAACUAA